AUGAUCCAGCUUUUGUGGUUUACAGCAAUUUUCACAACAGUUUCAGCGAUAUACGAAGAUCAAAUUGGCAAAUUCGACUGGCAUAGUGAAUAUGUCGGUUGUGCUCGGGAGCUGUAUAUGGAACAGCUGAAGGGUACGAAAUUACCACAUAUUUUCGUUUCAACGGAAGCCGAUAUGAUCGCAUCAUUGAAAGCAUCGACUGGACAGAUAGCUUGGAGACAACAGCUGGAACAUUCAUCUACGCUUCAAUUGUCAUUCUCAUCAGCUGCAUCAUUAAUAAUAGUAACAAAAGAUAAUGGAGUGGUGCGAGCAUGGAAUCGAGACAGCGGAGUUUUGGUAUGGGAAACUCAAAUUCAGCAAAUUACACCUAGCUGGAAGAAGACGGAAACAUUAAUAUCAAAUGGAAACGUAUUCAUCUUGAGAGGUGCUCACAUAACUGCACUUUUUCUUGGUAGUGGUCAGCUAAAGUGGGCAACGAGUUCAGGCAACAUAAAGAGCUACAUUGGUUCAAUACUAGAACCACAGUCACAGACACUUACUGUAGUUGGAGGUGUGGAUGGAGCAGAACUAGCAGUUAUUCAGAUUGAUGUAAGGAAUGGUGCUAUUGUAAAAGUCCGAAAUCUCAGUGCAAGCUGGUUCAAUCAGGAAAGAUGCGUUUUGUCUAAUAUGUUGUUACAAUGUUUUGAUAACAAAGGCUUCUAUGUUACCGAUUUAUCGUUGGAUCCCCUUAGCGUGCAUCACACUUCGCUUCAAUCUGUAGUUCAAAUUCCCAAUUUAAACAUAGGAGGAGUAAUGAUUGUAUACACUCUCACGAAUACUUAUGUUUAUCAUAUUAAUUUGCCAGAACCACCAGUGCUGCUUUUAAAACUGGAGAAGGUUGAAGCAGCUUCUUCACAUGUGACUACUAAUGGACAAAGCCUUUUCGCUGUUGCAACAUCCACAAAUAACAUUGUCGUUUAUGAUGCUGCGAAUGGGGAGCAGCUAUUCACGGGAAGUAUUCCAGAAAAAGAUCCAGCUCCCAUAAAACUCUUUUCUUUUAUCGGAACAUCAAUAGAAUUCGAAUUUGCCGUUGUUCUUGAAGAUUGUAGAUUUAUUUAUCUUGUUGGCUCAUCAAACCAACUUACAAAAGAAUGGGUCAGACAUGAAGCGUUAAGUACCAUCACUUCAGUCGAAAUGAUCGAUUUACCUUUGUCCGAAGCACAAGCUGAUAUCGAGUCGGAAUUUGCUUCGGAUGGUGGUACCAUAAUGGAGUCAUUAAUGCGGCGUCUAAGGAGUCAGGUAGACCAGUUUCGUCGUGCUUGUAUUGGUGCCAUAAAUCAGAUUUUUUCAUCAAAUUUUUUAUCAUUUCGUUCAAAAUCAUUUGCUGAUUGGAUAGCUUCUCUUCGAUUCUCCACUAAAAGCACGCGUAAAAAGGACCUGCCGUGUGAGCGGGACUAUUUUAAUUUGCGAAAGAUUAUUGUGGCUUCAACACUGAAAUCUAUUGUUUACGGUAUUGAUAGUAGUGACGGAACAAUUUUGUGGUAUAUUUAUUUGGGCAGAAAUAUUAAGCCAUUACUUGGCUCAUUGGGAAAGGAAAAAAUUCCUCUCUUUAUACAACGUACCACAGCUCAUUAUCAUUUUUAUCCACAAGCUACCGUUGUUGCUAGUGAUAAGAGAUCAGAACACGCAGUUUUGAUAUCUUUUAAUCCCAUGACGGGGUCUUUAAUUGAACGGAAAAACUUCUUCACUUCCAUCAAGCGUAUUGAAAUUCUUCCAUACUCGAAUGCUCAGACACACAUUUAUCACCUCAUCAUGCUUGACGAUAGAAACAAAGUCAUGUUGUAUCCGGAAAAUAUGGAUGCACAGGAACAGCAAGUUCCGCUGCAUUUCUUCAACUUUAAUGUUUCUGGUAAUUUAGAAGGUCUUGUCUUGAAUGUUUCUCGUAAAAAACUUUCAUCAACUUGGAAAGUGAAUCUUUCUUUAAGAAAUGAACAAAGGAUUGUAGCCGUUGUUUCCAAACCAUCUUACCAGAAAGUUCACAGUGCUGGAAGAGUAUUGGGUAACCGUUCAGUAUUAUAUAAAUAUGCAAAUCCAAACCUGGUUGCUAUUGCAGUACUUGAUUCCACUCAUUCGGUUUUACAAAUUUAUCUUAUUGAUGCGGUCUCAGGUUACAUCGUAUACAGUGGUAAACAAAAUAAAAUAACUGGUCCAAUUCAUUUGGUCCAUUGUGAAAAUUGGCUAGCUUAUUCAUAUUGGAGCGAGAAAGGUCGUCGUGUGGAAGUAGCUGUAGUAGAGUUGUAUGAAGGUCUUGAACAGACUGAUGCCUUUCAUUAUAAUUCACUUGUGCAUACUUUAGCAGCAAAAGUUACAGCUCUUUCUCAAGCUUAUAUAUUUCCUCAGGGGGUGGCAGCAUUGGGCGUUACAGAAACUGAGCUAGGAUUGUCAACAAGAUCCUUAUUGGUAGCAAUGCCAUUUGGUGCUAUAUAUGUAAUUUCUAAGCGUCUGUUGGAUGCUCGUCGUCCAUUGGAAAUGACGCAAGAACUAGCCGAAGAAAUGCUUCUUCCAUAUCGACCAGAAUUACCAAUUGCUUCUGAAGAUUUCAUCAAUUAUAAUCAAAGUAUACACGGUAUUCGCGGCUUUAAAACCUCACCUUCUGGUUUGGAAUCAACAAGUUUAAUGCUGGCUUAUGGUACUGAUCUCUUUUUUACUCAACUGACUCCAUCUGGAACUUUUGACAUAUUAAAGGAUGAUUUUGAUCACUUGCUUAUCAGUAUUGUCCUAUUAACUUUAGUAAUUGGAAGUUUGCUUUGCAAAAGAUUAGGCAAAAACAAUAGUCUGAAGCAGGCUUGGCAGUGA